AUGAUCUUAUCUCGCUGGCAUAGCCUAAGCGUGGCUGGUCGGGAUGUUUUUGGUGUUUUUGAAGCUGCUAUGCCCGAAGAUCGUGGCAUCCUCAGCUUUGCUUCUCUACAGCUUGCCCGCUACUCAACCUCAGUCUCCGAGAUCAUCGAAGUUCUAUUCGACAACACUGUUCACCCUUCAUUUGGACGGAUGAACAGUCACUCUCUCCGUCGCCUCUACUACGGCCAACUCAAACGUCUUAAGGACCUUGAGUCCUGGCAUGAAUCUACUGGUGACGAUGAAAUGAGCACAACGUACACUGAAUCUGUUUGCCCUCUACUAUUCUGGACCCUCACCCUUCUCUUGAAAAGGCAGCUCUAUACAUCUGUCCCUGCUGAGGUGCUAUACCCUGCGCAAGUCAUCCUCGAACUUCUCAUGCAGCACUCCGGCCCAGAUAAAUUUAUCACAUCACCAUUCCACCACCACGCCCUGGCCCUUGCUAUUAUGACUUUGUUGGAAUCCACAGACCUCCCCGAAUUGGCAGCAGAUGCAUGGAUAUCCCUAGACAAAGCACUCCAGAUCCUCAGCCAACGCGAUAAGCAUGCCUCAACAGUUGAAGAGUUUAGCAACAUAUUCUACACUCGAUCAUGGGGAGAAUGUUUCCGUGCAAUGAUUGAAGUCAAGGUCGCCGCUUUCCGGUCCACACAGCAGGGCUCUGGUGCCGUGGGAUCCAGCGAACAGCGCUCCCUGGAGCAUCUGGCAGAUUUGGCUGUUGGGGCUGGUGGUGCAGCAGCAGCAGCUGCUGCUGCCGCUGCUGCCGCCGCCGCUGGCACAAAUACAGAAAACCAGACUGCUCGUUCGGGAACUGCAGGUGCAGAGGAUGCUGCUAGCGGUAGCCAGACAAACACUAAUGCUGAUGCUGCUACAGGCCAAAAGGACAGACCAGAUAUACGUGUCUAUGUUGACUUUACACAGUUAACUAAGAGAGGAUAUCUUAAUGUGUUUGCUGGGCUAUAG